AUGAAUGGAGUAUUAGCUCGUAUCAUCAGCAAAACCGCCCCUCCCCAUCCGCCACUAUCAACAGUGUGCACUUUCCCAAAAUUAUCACAAUCAUAUUUAUCGGCAGGCUCAAUAUCGAACUUCGACGCAGCAAAAUCGGUUACUCUGUUCCACCGCCAGUUGUAUCCACUUCGAUCAUGUACAUCCCCCAUAAUUGCCCCUGAAGUGGGGCAGAACAAGGGCAUUGACUAUGUAUCCAACUACUGCAAAUAUCUCAGCGUGAAUCACAAUCGAAUUUUCGAGUCGUUUGCCUCGAUGGAUGCGGCCACUCGUCAGGGGCUUCCUGAUCAACUGUUGCACGACUUAGUAGAUCGAUUUCUCAUGGGGAAACGUGAUUUUGUUGUGGCUAAUGGUGUUACAGAAUCUCUGAAGGUAGUCAAUCGCUACAGUUAUUUUGAAAUGAUACAAUACCGCCGAGAGUAUCUUGAAAUGCUCAAUCAAAUUCUUGAUGAAUAUCAAGCUCGAGGACACCGUUUAUCCAAUGCUCAGCAAGCUAAGUAUUUAUUCUUCACCUUUUUCCGAGAUACUAAGCUAAUUACGAAAUGGUUUACUGAAGACGAAUUGGUGUAUCCACGAUUCGGUAAGCAAACAUGGGAAUCAAUAUUAAGCUCAAUCAGUGAUCAGAGUAAGGAAGAUCAGGCAUCUAUUCGUGCAGUGCUUUUGCUCCAUGCAUUUCGCCACAAUCGACCUCAGGAUGAAAUUGCUCAACUCGCCACCAGUGGGAAUGCUAAUUUGGACUUGGUGAAGGUGAUGGUCAAUGAAUGUGAGGAUGAAACGUACGUCGAAAGCUUGCUUUCGGAGUGGAUCCCAGAACUUGAUGUUGUUGAUAUGAAUUUGGUGAACGCAGUUUUACAACGAUGUCAACCAGAAGAUGUUGUUGCGGCUGUGUCUGCAUUACUACCUGACGAGAUUCCUGAUUUCGGCAGCGACGAGUUAUAUCUGGUUCAACUACAAUACACCUUCGAGGACUCUUCUCUCUAUUCCGAACUUGUGGCCCUGGCUAAUGAGCAAUUUUCACUUGUUGCUACUGAUAAAACAUAUCGCAUGUGGCUCCAAGCUCUUUUAGCUCAAAAUUGCAAAUUUCAGGCCAUUGAAUCGGUACUCAAGAUAAUGAGAAGCUUCGGCGUUUUACCCUCGACGAAGACUUGGCUUUUGUUGUUUCGCCACAAGCAUUGGUCGAUUGAAGAGUACAGUUACUUGGUGGAGUACUUCGUAAGUGUUCACAAUCAAAUGAACGCAAAACGCUUAGACACAAACCAUGCGGAUGCAUUUGAUUCUAACAGUAUUUCCCCUCAACUCAUGGAAAUGGUAAACAAAGCGUGCUCCUAUCCGAUGGACCAUUUACCACUUGCAAGAGCCAAGAUAAUCAAGUUGACAGAUGAACUCUUGGAUGAGAUCAUUGAUGGGUUUCUAGAAUUGAACAAGACUAAAUCCACUUUGAAAUGGUAUGAGCAUGAGCGUGAUGAAAUGCAAAGGGAACUCUCUCAGUACCGUGGCCCUCUGGCAAAAAUUUAUCGAGAAGGAUCUAAGCAAACACAGGCUCACGUUGACGAAAUUGAGGAAUUGAAGAAAGUGUGGUUAUUGAAGUUAUCUACAGGGCCGUAUUUCGAAUAA